AUGAAGCUCUUCUCCUCCAACGAGAGGCUGAGCCCUCAGACGACAUCCACGACCAUGGUUGAGCUGCUCGAAGUCCGUUCCUCUGGCGAGAAUAAGAAAGACAACGAUGCAACUGGAAACGGAAACCAGCUGCGGCUCAUUCCCAUGCCCACGGCGGAUCCUCGAGAUCCUCUCAACCUGCACACAUGGCGAAAGUUGGCGGCUCUCAGCUCCUUGUGCCUGUUUGGCGCCAUGGCCGCUGCCGCCGAGCUGGUCCUCGGUGCCAUGCUGCCCGUCUUUAGCUUUCAGUACGCCGGCAUCGAUCCCAAGCUGCUGACCAAGGUGCAUCUGCCCGAGGGCAUCAACGCGCUCACCAUCCUCGCCGAGUUUCCUGGCCCCCCCAUCUGGAAGAUUUACCUACUAGCUUCGCUUCCCAUCUUGAUGAUGGGCGCGACCAACAUCAUCCUCAUCCCGCUGGCAAUUGCGACCGGACGUCGCAAUGUUUUGCUCGUUACCGGCGUCGUGGCCAUCGCGGGCUGCGUAGGAUCCGGCUUCAGCACCUCGUUGGCGACGCACCUUGUCUGCCGUUGUAUUCAAGCCGUGGGUGCCGGGACGAUUGAGAGUCUCAUCCCAUUCAUCUUGCAGGACAUCAUCUUCUUCCACCAGCGCAACGCCGCCAUCAGCGUCGUCUUUGCUACACAGGGUUUGAUCAUCGUUGCGCUCGGCGUGGCAGCACCGUACAUUAUUGGCUACGCCGACUGGAGAGUCAUUUACUUUGCGACGGCCGGUGCUGGUCUUGUCUUUUGGGUUUGCCUCUUCUUCUUCUUGCCCGAGACCAAGUUUGACCGUUCGGAGGAUGAGAACCAGGGCAUUCCCGCCGUGCCUCUUCGACCGGGCCAAACCCGGCCCGAUAUUGACCACGUCAGCUAUCCCCCCCGCUCCUUCAAGGACGACAUCAAGCUCGUUCAGUGCAAGGUUGACUGGCGAAGCGGCGUCGAUGCGCUGUGGUCAUGUCUCCGGACCUUUUUCUACCCGCACAUGCUCUUCGUCACGCUGCUCAACUCGGCUGUCAUCGCCAUGGCCCUCGCUGCUGGGUACACGGCAGCUCCGCAGCUUCUCGCCGAUCCCUGGAGCUGGAACUUUUUUCACCUCGGCUUCUGUCUGUUCCCGCUCAUUGUCGCCGCCGGCGCGUCCUUCCUCAUCUCUGGCUGGGGCGCUGAUCAGGUGGCUAAUUGGCUGGCACGCAAGAACGGCAAGCGAAACCCCGAGUUCCAGGCUCUCAACUUGAUCAUUCCGUGCGUUGUCGGUCUUGGCGGGUGCAUCCUCUUUGCCAUCUCGGGUGAUAACCCUGCCAAGUAUCAUUGGAUGCUGUUCCUCCUUGGGCUUGGUAUGAUUUCGUUUGCCUUUCUUGCCACAAACACGAUUGGUAUUGUCUAUGUGCUCGAAUCCUACCCGCAUCUCACUGGGCCGGCACUGGUCAACAUUGCAUCGUUCCGCCUGGUGGUGGCUUUUGUGCUCUCCUUCCGAGUCUCGGAGUGGGUUGCCGAGCUGGGCUACAUGAAGACUUUCGUCAUGUAUGCCGGAAUCCUCGGCGGCUUCAUUCUCUUUAUUCCCAUCAUCUACAAGUGGGGACCAAGCUGGAGAAGACGUUGGCCUGGACUCCCAAGAAAGUGA